AUGGCUCGUUUUUUGGCCCCUCUCCUCCUAGCUGCGGCGUCAGUUCACUCCCAGUUCAUCCACAACCAGCUCCCAGUGGGCUCUAGCUUCGGCGUGCCCAACGAGAAUGCCACGUACGACUACGUCGUGGUCGGGGGUGGCACAGCAGGCUCAGUGGUCGCGGCUCGUCUAGCACAAGACGGGCGAUUCUCCGUGGCCGUCGUGGAAGCAGGUGGUUUCUACGAGUUGGAGAAUGGCAAUCGAAGUGUAAUACCGGGUUAUGAUUUCUACUCAAGUGGUCCGACUCUGGCAGGCGUGAACCCACUGAUCGACUGGGAGUUCAUGACUACACCGCAAGCAGGAGGCAAGAAUAUCAGCAUUCAUUAUACUCGUGGCCGAUGUCUGGGCGGCAGCAGUGCAAGGAAUUACAUGGUUUACCAGCGUCCUACCGUAGGCACAAUGCAGCGCUGGGCGGAUGUCGUUGGCGAUCAGAGCUGGACUUGGGAAAAUGUUCUGCCGUAUUACAAACAGAGCUCAACACUUACGCCGCCUAACACCAAGCUGCGGAUGGCGAACACCACCACCUAUUACGACGCAAGCGUUUUCGGCAAAGGUCCUUUGCAGGUCGGCUAUUCGAAUUAUAUCGCGCCGUUUGCCACUUGGGUCAACCUUGGCUGGAAGCAGGCGGGUGACACUAUACGAACUCAAGGCAUGCAGAGCGGCGAGCUCCUUGGCCACAGCAUUUUGCCCAGCAGCCUCGACGCGCAGAGUCAGGAGCGCAGCUCUGCGCAGACAUCAUAUAUUAACCUAGCGAUGAAAGCAACGCAGCUCACGAUCUACACGCAUGCUCUUGCGAAGCGUAUCCUCUUCGACAGCACGAAGACAGCAACAGGUGUUGUUGUGGAGACACGUGGUCUCCCCUUCACCAUUUCCGCCAGAAGGGAAGUGAUCCUGUCAGCUGGUGCCUUCAAUAGCCCACAGCUUCUCAUGGUUAGCGGAGUCGGCCCGGCAGCGACGCUGCAAAAGUACCACAUCCCUGUCGUACGAAAUGCGCCCGGCGUAGGGCAGAACAUGGAAGACAACCCGUUCUUCGCAGUCAACGUCGCGGCCGACCUGCCGACGGGCUCCAGCUAUCAAAACAAUCCUGCCUUGUUUGCCCAAGCGAUUGCGGAUUACAACUCAGACCGUACUGGCUAUCUUACAUCUGCGGGUGCGGAUAUCAUCUCCUUCCAGAAGCUUUCAAACCGAUCGGAGCUCGGGAUCUCGGCUCAUGCUAAGCAGGCUUUGUCCUGGUUGCCGGACGACUGGCCGGAGGCGAUGUUCUGGUCCUUCGCCGUCUGGAUUGGAGCUUCGUUCGGAUCGUUGCCGCCAGACGCAAGAAAUUACGGCGGUAUCGUGGGUAGUAUUACCGCGCCCUUAUCGCGAGGAUGGGUUACGAUCAAUAGCUCCGACACGGCCGACCUACCAAUCAUAAACCCCAACAUGCUUACGGACCCAACGGACCAGGAAGUUGCUGUGGCCACCGUCAGACGUAUCCGAGAUUUGCUGGCGACGGACGCAAUGAAGGCGAUCGCGCCCGAAGGUGAAGUCUUCCCUGGACCGAAUGUCACGUCUUUCGAAGACAUAUUGUCUGCCAUUCAAGGCCAAUAUUUCACCUUCGCGCAUGCAUCGGUGACGAACAAGAUGGGCCUGAGCAAUGAUCGGAUGGCUGUAGUGGAUAGCAAGGCAAGGGUGUUCGGAGUCAACAGUCUAAGGGUUGUCGACAUAUCAGCUUUCCCUUUCUUACCUCCAGGUCAGCCGCAAGCGACAGUUUACAUGAUGGGUGAGAAGAUUGCGGACGAUAUACUACAUGGUGAAAGCGGGACGAGCGGCCAUGAAAGUCAGAGUAUGUCUUCUUAA